AUGUCUUACCCUCCUCUUGAUCAGCGUCCGUUGAAGGACACCAUCUGCCUCUUUGAUGUAGACGAGACCCUUACCCCGGCCCGCAAGCGGGUCUCGCCCGAGAUGUUGAACCUCCUCUCUCGCCUCCGCCAAAAGUGCGCCAUCGGCUACGUGGGCGGGUCGGACCUGAGCAAGCAGGAGGAGCAGCUCGGCACGCCCGAAGUCUCGGUCAAGAAGCUGUUUGACUACUGCUUCCCGGAGAACGGGCUGGCGGCCUUCAAGAGCGGGGAGCCGCUGGCGUCGACGAGCUUCAUCGCCUGGAUCGGCGAGGACCGCUACAAGGAGCUCGUGCGCUUCAUCCUGCACUACGUCGCCGACCUCGACAUCCCCGUCAAGCGCGGCACCUUUCUCGAGUUUCGAAACGGCAUGAUCAACGUCUCGCCCAUCGGCAGGAACGCCUCGUCGCAGGAGCGCAAGGACUUUAACGCCUACGACAAGGUCCACCAGGUCCGCGCCAAGUUCGUCGAGGCGCUCAAGGAGAAGUUUGCCGACUUUGGCUUGACCUUCUCCAUUGGUGGCGAGAUUUCUUUCGACAUCUUCCCCAAGGGCUGGGACAAGACCUACUGCCUUAACCACCUCGAGGCCGAGGCCAAGAAGGAUGGCGGCAUCCAGUACACCACCAUCCACUUCUUUGGCGAUAAGUACAUGGAGGGCGGAAACGACUAUGAGAUCUAUAGCGACCCGAGGACCAUCGGCCAUGCUGUCGACAGCCCUCAGGACACUAUGAACGAGCUCAAGAAGCUCUUUGACCUGUGA